UAUAGAGGGCUAAAGCCCAAACGUGAGCCUAUCAAAGAUAGGGCUUAAUGAGUUGAUGAAACCAUGUAGAGAAGAUCUCCUUCAAACAACAGACGAGUAAAACUCAAUAACACCCAUGGGAGAAGCAUUGAGUCGCCAAAAUCUAACAUUCCCCUCAAGUUGGACACGAUUGGUAGUGUGAAUCAUGUUCAACUUGUCAGAGAUUUUCUGGAGACUAUGCGUAGGAAUAGCUUUGGUGAGGAUGUCUCCGAGUUGAUCAUCGGUGUUGAGAAAGUGUUGAUAAUAAGAAGAAUGAGCUAUGAUGUGAUGAGAUGCAUACUUAUGAAUGGAUGCAACAUCACAAAUGUAAUCUUAGCUUCUACCUCACCCAUUGUUGCUGGUGUGUUUUGUAGGCUCGAAUUGUCAGGCAAUGCAGAAGUCAAAGAUGGAGUAUUUACUGGUGGAAAUCCUCCAGUUGCAAGAGGUGAAGAUCCAUGUUCCGAUAUCAUGACAAUUUUCAAUAUAUUGCGGAAGUGUAAAGAAGAGAAGAAGAUAGAUCAAAAAGAGAGAGAGAAGGAGAAGAAAGUUGAAUAGUGCAUUCCAUUCAACUUAGCCAUUAAUGACUAUAGUUUGUUUGUAUAAAUACAAGUAGAGAAACUUGUAAAAGUAACCACCGGUUACUAAAUUGAAUGGACAUAAAGCAAAUAAAGUAUAUUUGACUAUUUACUAGUCUAAGAUUGAAAAUCCCUUAUAAGAUAAAUAAAGUGGGCCAGCUUCUUCCAA